UGAUAUGUUUUAAAUUUGAAAGCAUUUCUACCGUUACACGAUUAUGCUAGUCUAGCUAGAUGCUAAUAUUUUUUGUUAUUAUAAUGACUGUCAUAUGAUUUUGUAUAUUAUAAAUUAGCUCGGAAUGUUUAACAAUUUUAAACUUCAGCUUCUUAUGCAAUUCAGCGACAAUUAGCCAAACAGCAUAUAUCUUUCUGUGAUAGACUUUACAGAUUGACAUACCAAUAAGUAUAUUGAAUUGUCUCAGCCAAUAAUUAAUAUAAUUUAAGUAUUACAUACUACAUUGAACAUAACUCAUGGACUCCAUGCUUUGUUGAUUAAGAGCGAGAUUUAUUGUUAUAUCUCAUUUUUGAUGAGGCUUUGCUCUGCGCACGUCCCUCAGCAGUUACGGUAAAAUAGGCGUGUCUUCGACGUCAACCCGGAACUACUCUGCAGCCCGUGUUUACACAUGUCGCUGUUUUCACGUGGAGUCAAAGUUCGUGAUUUUAAAUGUCUUCAAAGAAAAAUAAGAACAAGUCCAAACGCGGGAGCGAGGAAGACGGCCCGGUCGACCCCAAUGAAGCUUGUAACGAUUCCGGUAAUCUGCAGACUUCUGCUCAGGACGGAACCAGCAGAAGAAGCAGUAACUCGUUUACUGUCAUCGACUUCAUUGAGAAAGCGGAGGACAAAACUCCUAAAAGUUGCAGAUCAACGUUGUGUCAGCUGAGUCUCAACUCCAUGAAGUUGGCCAAUGUUUCUAUCGGAAGGCCGGUUUUGUUGACGAGCCAGUCCGGAAGACAGGAGGUGUGCUCAGGAUGGCCCGCUGCCCAGUUUCCGGGCGGAAAAGUUGGACUCCCGAGAAGCAUCCAAACAACUCUGAAAGUGAAGACAGGAGAUGAAGUGACUCUGCAGCCGCUGACGGGCCCGCUGCUGCAGGCUGCGGAGGUGGUUCUGACCGGCAGGUCCAGUGAAGAGGCGUUGGACACACCAGAGUUCAAGAACUUCCUGCUCCGAUCUCUCGACGGCCACGUGGUCCUGCCGGGAAGCCUGCUCUCGCUGUCGUACUUCGGCCGUUCCUGCAGUCUCCGCGUGGAGUCGGUGACCGGCCAGGACGACGUCUUCGUCCAGGGGCCGGCCCUUCCAGACGUCCAGGACUCAUCUGUGUUGGACAGCAUCUCCGCUGACCUCUUCCUGCAGCUGAGCCACCUGACGGUGGAAGAUGACUGCGUCCCCCUGACCCCAGGGAUCCUCUCACCUGCCGCCAGCACCCCCUGCAGACCCACCUCGCUGCCCUCCCCUGCCUCCUCUCCUGCUGUCAGUCUGGAGAGCUCAGUCACCUCGCAGCCGCUCCCUGCAGCCGUCCGUGGAGCCUGUCUGAGCUCCGAUCCCUUCUACUUCCUCUCCUGCCUCACCAAGGUCACCUUCAGGGGGGGGGACCGCCCAAAAGACUGUGAUGCUGAACCACAGAGGGUCACCUACAGUAUGAUCGGAGGACUCGGCAGUCAGCUGGACGUCAUCAGAGAGACGAUUGAGCUGCCUCUCAAACACCCCGAACUCUUCUCCAACUACGGAAUCCCGCCCCCUAGAGGUGUCUUGCUGUACGGCCCACCUGGGACAGGGAAGACCAUGAUCGCACGGGCCAUCGCCACGGAGGUGGGAGCUCACAUGACGGUGAUCAACGGGCCGGAGGUCAUGAGCAAGUUCUAUGGUGAAACGGAGGAGAGACUGAGGCGCAUCUUCACUGAAGCUGCUCAGAGGACACCUGCGAUCAUUUUCAUCGACGAGCUGGACGCCUUGUGUCCGAAGCGCGAGGGUGCCCAGAACGAGGUGGAGAAACGGGUUGUGGCGUCGCUGCUGACCCUGAUGGAUGGGAUGGGAUCGGAGGGUCACUCGGGUCAGCUGCUGGUUCUGGGGGCCACGAACAGACCUCACGCUCUGGACCCGGCCCUUCGGCGCCCCGGGAGGUUCGACAAGGAGCUGGAGGUUGGGGUACCUGGAGCUGCUGAGCGUGCUGACAUUUUGAAGAAGCAGUUGAAGUCAGUUCCGUGCAGCGCCUCAGCAGAGGAAGUGACGCAAUUGGCCGACCUCGCUCACGGAUACGUGGGAGCCGACCUCGCCGCCGUCUGUAAGGAAGCAGCCCUGCACGCGCUCAAGCGAGUUCUGAGUUCAACCCACCAGCCGUCGGACCUACGACUCCAAGGAGAGGUGACGGUCACCCUGCUGGACCUGCAGUGGGCCAUGACCAUGGUGAAGCCCAGUGCCAUGAGGGAGGUGGCGAUAGACGUGCCCAAGGUUCGCUGGUCGGACGUGGGCGGGAUGGAGGAGGUGAAGCUGAAGCUGAAGCAGGCCGUGGAGUGGCCCCUGAGGCACCCUGAGGCCUUCACCCGCAUGGGGAUCCAGCCCCCAAAAGGAGUCCUGCUGUACGGCCCGCCGGGCUGCUCCAAGACCAUGAUCGCCAAAGCUCUGGCCAACGAGAGCGGACUCAACUUCCUGUCUGUCAAAGGUCCAGAGCUGUUGAGCAAGUUUGUGGGUGAGUCGGAGCGGGCCGUCAGAGAGGUGUUUCGGAAGGCGAGAGCCGUGGCACCAUCCAUCGUCUUCUUCGACGAGAUUGACGCACUGGCCUCAGAGAGAGGAAGCUCCUCAGGUUCGGGCGGUGUGGGCGACCGUGUGCUGGCGCAGCUGCUGACAGAGAUGGACGGCGUGGAGCGGCUCGGGAACGUGACGGUGCUCGCCGCCACCAACAGACCCGACAUGAUGGAUCAGGCUCUGAUGCGUCCGGGUCGCCUUGACCGUAUCGUCUACGUUCCACUUCCCGACCCUCCGACUCGACGCGAAAUCUUCUGUCUCCAGUUCCGGAAGAUGCCUGUGGCCUGUGACGUGUCGGUGGACGACCUGGUGACUCGGACUGAGAAAUAUUCGGGAGCUGAGGUAACGGCGGUCUGCAGAGAAGCCGCUCUGCUGGCCCUGCAGGAGGACAUCAAAGCGCAGGAGGUCCAGACCCGCCACCUGGAGGCCGCCCUGGUUCUGGUGAAGCCCCGAAUCCCAGAGUCCCUGAUCCAGUUGUACCGGGACUACCAGCAGCAGCACGGCGGGCCCAAAGUCUUCUGACCCGGGAACAUCCGUGUGGACAGAUGAACCCGCUCCAGUCCAGCCAGACCCAGUCUCCCAUCCUCACAACUCACCAAGAGUUACGCUGCUUGACCGGCUUCUCACAACCUUCUGACUCGGACCUGUGACGUGUCCCAGGCAUAGGCCCUCCACACAGAGGCUUGACCUGUGACACCUCAGUGCCACUCCUGUCCAGUCACUUCUGAAUGAAUAACACCUCAAGUCACUGAAGAUGGUACAUUACUGAUCAUGGAUGAUCAAUGAGGAGCACGACUGACUGACUGAGAGUUCCACCUUCAGAAACCCUCUGAAGUCAUAAGGAAUGGACCAACACAGUCAAAAAGAUUCAUGAUUCACUCCCAUGUUAAAGUUUACUCACAGGAAUCAAGAUAAGAGACACUUCAGCCAGUCCAGGAAGAGAAAAUACCCUUCUUCUCUCUGCUCCUUUUCAACCUUCGGCUCAAGUUGAUGAUGAAAGAGGUGCCGUUGUCUAUGUGAUGUGGGAUUGAAAUAAACAUGUCUUCAAUUCAUGCCGUUUCCGUUCAGAACCCAGUUUUUCCUCUCCUCAUUGGCUGGACUCGUCCGGGAUUUCUUUUACUAUAUUUUCAUACCUUUCAUGAUUUACAUCCGCUUUUUCUACAUGUAAUUGUAUAUAGUUUUGUUCGCCUUUUACAUGUGAAUUGUUUAACCCAUAGCUUUUCUCACUUUUUUAGAUGAACUUGAUGAAAUAUAUAGAGAUAUAUGUUCGAUA